CUUGGUUGGCUCACUCUCUCACAGAGAGAGAAAGAGAAAAACUCAGAGAGAGAGAGAGAGAGAGAGUUAGAGAGAGAAAGAUAGAGAGAGAUAUGGAGAGCGGAGGAGGAGGAGGAACAGGAGGAGUAGGAGUAGGAGCAGCAGCAGCAGCACACUAUAAUCCACGCACAGUGGAAGAGGUUUUUAGGGAUUUCAAGGGUCGUAGAGCUGCUUUGAUCAAAGCUCUCACUACUGAUGUUGAAGAUUUCUAUCAGCAGUGUGAUCCGGAAAAGGAGAAUCUGUGUUUGUAUGGCUUUCCUAGUGAGCAAUGGGAAGUCAAUUUACCUGCUGAAGAGGUGCCUCCAGAGCUUCCAGAGCCUGCAUUGGGAAUUAACUUUGCAAGAGAUGGCAUGCAAGAUAAGGACUGGUUAUCUUUAGUUGCUGUCCAUAGUGAUGCAUGGCUGAUUGCUGUUGCCUUCUAUUUUGGUUCCAGAUUUGGAUUUGAUAGGGCUGACAGGAAGCGGCUCUUUAAUAUGAUAAAUGAACUUCCAACAAUUUUUGAAAUUGUGUCUGGUACUGCAAAGAAACAAUCAAAGGAGAAGUCAUCUGUCUCAAAUCACAGUGGCAACAAGUCCAAGUCGAAUUCUAAAGUGCAGCGGGCAUUAGAAGCGCCAAAAUAUCCAAAAGCUACUCCUACGAAGGAGGAAGAUGAGGUUGUGGAUGAGGAAGACGAAGAUGAGCAUGGCGAGACCUUGUGUGGAGCAUGUGGGGAGAACUAUGCAUCAGAUGAAUUUUGGAUUUGCUGUGACAUCUGUGAGAAGUGGUUUCAUGGGAAGUGUGUAAAGAUUACCCCUGCUAGGGCAGAGCAUAUUAAGCAGUACAAGUGUCCAUCAUGCAGCAAUAAGCGAGCUCGCCCUUGACAUGGAGAGAGAUGCGGCAUAUCUACCUUUGUACUCAUCUCUUGGUGGACUCUGCUAACUGUUUGGUUGAUUGGUAUCUUUGUCUAGUUUUUAAAAUUAGUGCAACUUGUGAAUGUGUACUCUGGUUUAGGGACCUCAGUUUUUGGUAUAAUGCUGUUUAGUUGUAGUUUGGAUCUUUACCCUGUUUAGCUUUUUAAAUGUUACUAUCUUUCUAAUCCAAGAAAUAUCUGUCUAUUUGUGGUGC